GCGCGCGGGAAAAUCAAUGCAGAACAACACAAAAGAUUCGAGAACUGCCGAUCAAACAAAGAAACGUCUCUUCAGUACUAAUGGCCGACAUCACUUCUCUUCCCGAUUCGGUGCUGGUCUAUGUUUUAUCGUUUCUACGCUAUCCGAUAUUAAUUUCAAGUAGUCGAGUAUGUAAAAGAUGGCGAAGACUUUGCUAUGAUGCGAGUUUAUGGCGAAAACUUUGGUUUUAUCAAAGACAUGCCUCAAAGGUUUCUUGUGAAGUUGUACGAAGACUUGUUCCCCGUAAGAAUAGUUAUAUCGUGAGCAUAGAUUUAGAAGGAUGCACACUGAUCGAGGAUGAAGGUGUCAAACUGCUUUCUAAAAACUGUCCUAAUCUUAGAAAAUUAUACAUUAAGGCCUGCCAACAAGUAACGGAUAAAGGGAUCAUUGAAAUAGCUCAAAACUGUUUCAAGCUUUUAUCUGUUAAACUCCCAAUGGAAAACGUUUCAUCAAAAGGGCUGGUGGCCGUCGUGAAGAAUAAUCCGCAUUUGAAAAGAAUUUAUGCUUAUUCAAGAGCUGUAACACAGAAAACACUCACUGCCAUAGCUUCGACUUGUUCUGACUUAGAAACUUUGAUCGUUUAUGAAUCUUGCCUUAAAGAUCAUGAGAAUAGUUCAAUGGAUGUUCUCACAGAUGCAAUGUUGAUGACUCUGGCUGAAGGCUGCGGAAAACUAAAAGAGAUCACUCUACGUUACAAUCAAAUACUUUUAAGUGACUUAUCUUUGGUUUGUUUAGCCACCAAGUGCCGCAUGCUGGAGCAAUUUGUAGUGGAUUACUGUGAUCUGGACUACAAAAUCACUGAUGUUGGGCUAAUUGCUUUAGCUAAGUUUUGUAACAUCAGCUGUUUGCACAUUUCCAAUGGACAGAUUUCAGACAACUCUCUUUUAGUGAUUGCAGAAAGUGUUCCUAACAUUGAAGACCUAUCAUUGGAGUUUUCUAAAGUUAGUGAUAUAGGUAUCUUCAAGCUGAUGCAACAGUGCCAGAAGUUAGAGUCAUUGGUUAUUCACAGUGCAGAUAACCUAGAUAGAAGAAUAACAGAUAUGAGUGCCUAUACAAUAGGUACCUAUGCCUCUGAGGACUUCAGACUGUUAGGCAUUGGAUUUGCAGAUAUUACAGACAAGGGUCUCAAGUUUAUAUGUGAGAACACUGAUCUGUCCUCUCUUUCUGUGAGUGGAUGUAGCAAGUUAACAUUUGAUGGUUUAAAAUCUUGCUUCGAUGACUUGAGUGGAUUGAUGAGCUUGGAUUUAUCAUUUACAGAUAUUAUCGAAAAUGAUGACCAUUUGCUUGAAACUGGACAAUCCCUGCCCUGGUUAGAUUCCAUUGACUUAACUGAUUGUUUUGCUGUCAGUAAAGAAGGAAUCAGAAUUUUCAAGGAAAAGUUCCCAUUUUGUAAGGUCGUGACAUGAGAUGCCAGGACUGCAUAAUUAUCAUAAAUUGUGAUCUUUAUUGAAUCAGAGUGUUUAAUUAUCAUUAAUUACAUAAACAUUUAAAUUAUUUUUAUUUUUCGUAAGUGAAGCAGAUGAGAAUUUGACGGAUCGCUGCACUUCAGUCGAUCAGGCAAUCAGUAACAUGUAACAUGUCCUAAAAAUCAUUUAUUUUGAGAAUCAUUGUACAGUUGCCUUAAAAACUGGUUACAUAUAGAUUAACAAUAUCUUCAAAUAUAAUUUAUAAUUUCUACCAAAAGUAUUUGGUUGCUUUCAUGAAUACUUCUAUAAUGAGAUUGAUAUUGCCAACAAUUUAUCAUACAUGUGUUUUAUUUUAGUUCUCAUAUGAGUAAUAUGCAAAACCACCAAUGAAAAUGAAUAAAACCAAAAACCCUCCUGAGGUGAAAACAUGCAGAGGGUAAAGAGUUAAAUAAUUCAUUUAAGUAAUGCAAGUAAUUGAGGUGUUUGUGAAAAUACAAGUCUUCAACAUCUUUCAUUUCAAAGGCAUAGCACAAUCAAUAUGUAAAUUAUUUGAACACUUAAGUGUUUGCAUGUGGCAACUACCUGUUGAUCAGGGUAAUAUUCAUCUUUGAAAGAAUGGAAAUAAAAAGGGUGGAAUAAAGAA